GGGAGAGCAACGGAAGCCGAGCAGGCCGGUCGCCUGGGCCGCAGACCUGUGCAUUCGCCGCGGUUGUCGUAGUUCCGGCCGAGCGGCCGCUGGGAUCUGACGGCUGGGUGCUAUCCUGCGGGCAGGCACUGGUCGCGGCAGGUGUCUCGCUCCGCCGGCCCAGCUCCCGCGGGAUCCCCCGGCUGGUCCGGGCCCCGGCGCCGCACUCACGGCGGCUCCGUCGCAGGCACGGAGCGAGGAGCAGCCCGCGUCCUCCGAGGUCAGCGUCAUGAGGAGCCUGCCGUUCUUCUGCCGCGGCCAGGUGGUGCGUGGCUUCGGCCGCGGCUCCAAGCAACUGGGCAUCCCCACAGCCAAUUUUCCUGAACAAGUGGUGGACAAUCUUCCAGCUGAUGUGUCUACUGGCAUUUAUUAUGGUUGGGCCAGCGUUGGGAGCGGCGAUGUCCAUAAAAUGGUGGUGAGCAUUGGAUGGAACCCGUACUAUAAGAAUGUGAAAAAGUCCAUGGAAACACACAUCAUCCAUACCUUCAAAGAGGACUUCUAUGGGGAAAUUCUCAAUGUGGCCAUUGUUGGCUAUCUCAGACCUGAAAAGAACUUUGAUUCUUUAGAGUCACUUAUUUCUGCAAUUCAAGGUGAUAUUGAAGAAGCUAAAAAGCAACUGGAUUUACCCGAACAUUUGAAACUCAAAGAUGAUAAUUUCUUCCAAGUUUCUAAAGGCAAAAUUAUGAAUGGCCACUAAUGAAAAGUCCCUUACCUGCCUACCACUAGUGUCACGCAUAGUGUCACAGUGCUUCUGAUACACUCUCAUCUUGAUCAUAUUUUAAAUCAAGCGUUUUCCUGUAGCUGUCAAGUGGUCUCCAGCAGUUCACUCCAUCAUGUUGCACAGUACUAAGAGACUCAUUCAGAAAUCAAGACUUUAGAUGUAAUAUGUUGAUUAAAAUGUAGCACUAGAAAGCUUGUACUGAAAAUAAAGUCUGUGAGUGUGGGUGGAAAAGCAAGUUCCUGAGGAAAAUGAGGACUGACCAUAGUUCUUGUGACUGAGUGUGCUGGCACUGGUGAGCCCAGCCAGCCUGUGCUGAACAGAGGCUUUUCAGGAAGUGCACCACACACACACACACACACACACACACACACAGAGCUUACCCAUGAAGGAAAAAUUAGAGUUACUUUUCUCAUUUUGUGCAUUGAUAUAUUUUUACAAUCCUGCAAACUUCCUUGAGUCACUCACGACUCCCCCUGAGGUCACUUCCUGGUAGUGUCCCAAUGCUCUGUGUGCAGUUACUUCAGGUUGAAGUUGCCUUGAUCGCCUGCCCCUCAUCAGGGCUUUUGCUUUUCUUCAAAGUACUGAGGAUCCAACCCAGUGCCUUACACGCCAGGCAAGUGUGACCACUGAGCUAGGCUCCCGCCCCCUUUACUUUUUGAAGCCAUACAAUGGAUGUCUAUAUGUUGCCUUUUUGAAGAUUAGGUGGUUUUGCUCUUUAACAUUUUUGUGACUUUGGUUUAUUUUCUUCCCAUGUCGCCCAGAGAUUACUUGUGUGUGUGCCAUUCUGCUCAAAACUAAAUGGUGGUCAGGUUCAAGUAAAGAAAAAUAAAACAAGCUGCAUUUAUAGACUUGCUUGGAAUUGAAAUGAACAUAGCCAGUUCCUACCCAACCCUGCCCUGCCUUUUUUUUUUUUUUUAAAGUGUGGUCCUGUGCUUUCAAAGUAAGUACAGUUCUCUAUGACCAGGCACUUAAACAUAAUUUAAAAGUCCUUGUAGCUUCAGAACCGGAUAAGUUCCAGUUGCAUAUCUCUAUAUCUCCUGGUUUCCCUCUUGGUUUUCCCCUGGUUCCUCCCCUUUCCCUCUUGGUGGCCUGAGUUGUUUAUGUUGGCAGAAGGUUGACAUUGGAUGCUCGAUUGCUUCAGCCUCACCGGGGCAUUGAAUCAUCAUUUGUUGAAUGGCAACAGGUUUGCUGGGGCAGAGGCACUGCCUAAGUGGGAGCAUGCACGUGAAAAUAGAAAGGUAAUUUAACAACACACAGACACCCAGAGACUUGGUCUCUGCAUGUGUGUAGAAGUAGUGGUGUGGGGAGGGAUGGGACUCACUCAGCCCUGUGAAUGUGUUCUAUGGCUGAGCAACAUCCCUAGCCUUCAGAAUAGAAUUUUUGAUGUUGGAAAUCCUGUAUUUAAAGGAAACCUUAAUUAUCAAUGGAUUUAUGAAGGAAAGUUAAAAACAAAUAUGCACAGUACAAAAUAGAUCUGUGGCUUUUUUUUUUUAAAGUAAGAAUAGCUUGUUAGUAUAUCAAUGUUCAUGGCUAAUGUUAUCUCAUUUUGUUAGUCGUUAUUUUGGAAUUACAUGAUGUGUGAUUUAGGGCUUAGUUAAUUCUCUAGAAUUCAAAAACUAUUAUUGAUGUAUUAAAAGAAAUUACGGUACCACGUUGAUUAGUCUGAAUGUUUGCAGGCAUUGGAAUAAAAUUUGACUUAUUUUUUCCCUCUUCCCCUGUCAA